AUGCUGCAAGGAUUGUUAAAGGAUUCAUUCUAUAAUUGCCCUUCAUUGGUGGUUUUAGAUCUUAGCCAUAAUAAUUUGAUUGGAAGAAUUCCAAAAUGGAUUGGAGAGAUUCCAUUGGGCUAUAUUCUCUUGAGUCAUAAUCAUUUUGAAGGAAAAAUCCCAAUUCAGCUAUGCAAGUUGGAUAAGUUAAGCUUGAUUGAUCUUUCUCAUAACAAUCUUUCUGGUCAUGUUCCUUAUUGCCUAAGCUGUAGUGGUAUUUUUUACCAAGAUGCUGGGAGUUCAAUAUAUCUUCAAGUGCCUGUGGAGUUUACAACCAAAUAUUCUUCCUAUGUUUACCAACCAAACAUCCUCCGCUACUUUUUGGGGAUCGAUCUCUCUUGCAACAAUUUGACAGGUGAAAUUCCUCCUGAAAUUGGAACUCUCAGCAUGAUCAAGGUAUUGAAUUUGACACAUAACAAGUUGAUUGGUGCAAUACCACCAACAUUUUCAAACCUGGGGCAAAUUGAGAGCUUGGAUCUUUCUUAUAACAAUUUGGAAGGGAAAUUUCCUCCUCAACUUAAUCAGCUAUAUUCUCUAGUUGUAUUCAAUGUAGCACACAACAAUCUAUCUGGCAAAACACUUGAGAGGGUUGCACAAUUUGCAACAUUUGACCAGAGUAGCUACGAGGGAAAUCUUUUGUUGUGUGGACUGCCACUGCCGAAGAGUUGCAACAACACAUCUCCAUCACCACCAGUAACUCCAACAGAAGAAAAAGAAGAUAAAGGCUUCAUGGAUAUGGGUGUUUUCUAUGUGAGCUUUGUGGUGUCGUACACCAUGGUGUUGUUAAUAACAGCAGCAGUUCUAUACAUAAACCCAUACUGGCGACGAAGAUGGUUUUACUUCAUAGAAACGAGCCUUAUCAAUUGCUACUAUUUUCUGGUGGACAAUAUUCCUCUACUGUCCAAAUUUGGACUUUCAUAG